CUGUGGCUAAGUUAACAUGGCGGAACUGUUAAGAAUUGAAAGUGAAGUUGAACAGUUCAAGACGGAACUCUUGUACAGACACAGGCAAGCAGAGGAGAACAGGCUGAGGGAGAACCAGGCCGCCAUCCAGAUUCAGAGCUGGUUCAGAGCCUGCAAGGUGCGGGCUUAUCUCAGCCAUCUGCACAAGAAGGCAAUCAUUAUUCAGAAGAUAUGGCGGGGCUUCACAGCAAGGGCACAUUUCAGACAAAUGGUGAAGGAGGCAUAUUUUAUCAUGAAGAUGAAUUUCUACGAGGAGAUGGCGGUCAGGAUCCAGCGCAGAUGGAGAGGAUUCUUUGCAAGGAAGUUUAUUCAUAAUUUCUAUGCACGCAAACGCUAUCUGGAAGGAGUUGCUGCUAACAAUGAACUUGUCAGGAGAGAGAUGGAUGAAAUCGAAGAACUUCAGAAGAGAGAGAGAGACUGUCUGAAGAUGGUGAGAGAGCAGACAGCAAAGGUCUACCAGGCAUACCGGUCACACCACCUCCUCAGUACGAAACAGUGCCCAGGGGUCCUCAACCCUUCAUUCGGGUCAGCCCCCCAAGAGAGGGAACAACUGCUGAGGCAGGUCAAGUACCAGCCCCCAACCAGACUGGCCCCCAGGCGCAAGACUUGUGUCUUGAGCAUGUCUGACCCAGCAGCCCCCAGUUUUCCUGAGAGUCUUGAAUCCCCAUGGAUCAAAACCAAUAGAACUUCCAGUUCUAUACUGCCCCCCAUUGGCAGCAAGAAACAGCAGGGUCUGCUCAGGGAGCCAGGGGAAGUGUGGGAGCAGCGUGUGAAUUGUCCUGACCUGACACUGCGUCUGCAGACCUCUUACAUCAAACUCCACAGAACUAUAAGAUCUGGAAGUAUGCUCUACCAUCAGGACCUCAGCAGCAGUUCCUUUACUCAGCCAGCCUAUGCCAAGAAAUACAUUUCGUAGAUGACACACAGGCUCCAGGAGGAGUGAUUCAAGACCAACAACAUCUCACACGAGGUCUAUACUUGAAGUAAGACAGAUGUAUGUGACACACUUCCUUCUGGCCUGAGAAAAUGAAGAGGAGUUCAAAUAAAGUACUCGUUGCAAUCCUUA